CUCGCUUAUCGAAGCUCCUUAUCGCAAAACACCAUGCUGAAAGCUCCACUUAACACAAAGAGAGCCUCACCCACAAGAUGGUUCAAUCGACUUUACACAGUGGUUUACGCAGUGGCCAUUUUCGCACUCGUUUAUCGCCAUUGUUGUAACCUUAUCAACUCUCCUUCUUUCACCACCAUUUUCCUGCUCGUAGCUGAUCUUGUGCUUGCUUUCCUGUGGGUGGCAUGGCAACCUUUCUUCCUGAAUCCGGUGCACCGCGAGGUUUUUCCAGAGAACCUGCCACAAGUGGCGAAGGAGAGCGAUUACCCACGGCUGGAUGUGUUUGUUUGCACGGCUGAUCCGUUCAAGGAACCACCAGUCGGGGUUCUUAACACCGUCUUGUCUCUUUUGGCGUAUGAUUACCCGACGGAGAAGCUGUCUGUAUAUUUGUCGGACGACGGAGGAUCGCAGCUGACGUUGUUUGCGUUCAUGGAGACUGCUAAGUUCGCGAAACAUUGGUUACCAUAUUGCAAAAAAUAUAAUAUAAUGGAUAGAUCUCCUGAAGUUUACUUUGAAAACGAUCUAUCUCUGUUCCCGGAGACAAAUGAAAUCCAGACAAUGUACGAGAACAUGAAAGCCACUAUUAAAGAUGUGAUGGACCGAGGAACCGUUGAUAUCGAUCAAAUAAACGACGAACGUGCCAUCAAAGCUCUCCGCAAAUGGACAAAUGAAUUUACACGUCACCAACAUCCUACGGUGAUUGAGGUUUUACUGAAAAAUGACGAAGAUAAAGAUGUAACGGGUCAUUACAUGCCCAAUCUCUUCUAUGUAGCACGAGAGAAGAAUAAAGCCACCCCACAUCAUUUUAAGGCUGGUGCCAUCAAUGCUUUGCUUCGAGUGUCAGCUAAAUUGACAAAUGCACCUAUAUUCCUCAUCCUUGACUGUGACAUGUACUCCAACGAUCCUAAAACACCACUUCGCAUGUUAUGUCAUUUCUUGGACCCUAACGUUGAUCCAAAGCUUGCAUUUGUUCAAUUUCCUCAACGUUUCUACAACAUCAACAACAACGAUACUUAUUGCACCGAACAUGUGCUUGAGAACCAAAUAUGUAGUGUAGGAAUGGAUGGUUUAGAUGGCAUGUCAUUCAUGGGCACUAACGCCUUCUUCAAAAGAGAUGCUCUACUUGGAAAACCUAAUGAGCCACAAGGGAUAUGGAAUGAACCGAAUGAUUCAGAAGAUGGUUUAGCAUUAGCACACCAUGUUGCGGAUUGUAGUUAUGAGGACAACACUAAAUGGGGUUCAGAGAUUGGGUUUAGGUAUGGUACGUUAGUUGAGGAUGCCUACACGAGUUUCAGAAUUCAAUGCUUAGGAUGGAAGUCUGUCGUAUGUAAACCAACUAGGGCGGCAUUUCUAGGAAAUAUGCCGGUAGCCCUCCAUGACUUUCUAAGUCAAGCCAGAAGGUGGUACAUGGGUUUGCUACAAAUAGCUUUGUGCAAAUUUAGUCCUCUCACUUUCGGAAUGAAGUAUAUGAACCCUCUCCAAGCCAUGUGUUGUGCAUAUAUAGAUUUUCGUGCGUUUUGGUCUAUUCCCAUUAUUAUCUAUGCCUUUUUGCCUCAACUAGCGCUCUUAAACUCUUCCGUUAUAUUCCCAAAGGUUUCAGACCCUUGGUUUUCUUUGUAUGCGUUUCUUUUCCUUGCAGCAUAUGGGAAAAGUCUUCUUGAUUAUGUGGUGGCAGGAUCAACAUUCAGAAAGUGGUGGAGUUACCAAAGAAUGUGGUUGAUAUUUGGAUGCUCGACUUAUCUUUUUUCAUUUUUCGAUUGGUUGGUUACAACUCUUGGCAUGUCAACAUUUGAAUUCAAUGUUACGAGCAAAGUGUUGGAUACUGAGCUAAACAAACGUUACCAGCAAGGGGUUUUCACCUUCGGGGUGGAUUCACCAUUGUUUGUAUCGAUAAGCAUUGUUGCCAUUGUCAACUUAUUUGCCUUUUUGGUUGGAAUUAAGCAAAUUUUGAGCAAUGGGAGGUUUGAAGAACUGUUUGGACAAUUAUUUAUAUCAGGGUUUGGUGUGGUAAAUGGGUGGCCGAUAUAUGAAGGUAUGGUGCUGAGGAGUGAUAAAGGAAAGAUGCCUGCAAAGACUACUUUGAAAUCAGUAUGUGGUGCUUUGAUUAUUUACUGGUUGUUUUCUUCGACAUGUUAG